AUGCCAUCCAUUAAUCCCCCUAAAAAGCCUCUAGGCAGGCUAAGGAAAUUUCCUACAACAGCAGCAGCAGCUGAUGCCAGGAAGAAACGCGAUCAACAACGAUACCUGCGGCAACGCCAUCCUCAGGGGCUCGCUGAUUUUAUUGCAUAUGAGCCCCAGAUUCCCGCAGAUGUACCUACUGAGACACCUACAGAAAUCGGCCUUCGGACGACCGUUCAG